AACCACAAAUGGCGGUUCGUCGGCGAGGUGGCGGGCGCGACCGCCCACGGAGUCGCCUCCACGGAGCACCCCUUGAGAUGGAGAUCAGAAUGUAGACAAGGAGGGGUUGCUGACUGACGCGGCGCUGGCACCAUGAGCGGGCCGCCGUCCAAAAAGCCGAUGAGGCCGAAGGCCAAGCGGUCCCCGGCGCGGGUGGCGGGCUCCAAGAAGGCCCCUGCCAACGCGGCCUUCCUGACCGUGCCCGAGAAGGCCGUGGACAGGACGCCGCCGAUGACGGCAGCCUUCCAAAAUCUAAAACGAACCUCUAUCAAUCGGGAAGCAUUUGCCCCCGCAAGGCCGGCGCUGACGGUGACCCUGAACGACGACGGUGACGGCGACGAGGACGGCGACGUGGUCCCGGAGCUCGUGCGGCGCGCCGAGUCGCCGCGGUCGUCCGUCAGCGAGUCCACGCUCUGGGAGCACGUCGGGCUGCAGGCGGGGCUGUCCGUGUCCACCGCCACCGUCCCGUACCCGGGGACCGCCGGCACCGCCGGCUCCGCCGCGCCCGACAAGAAGAAGUGCUGA